AUGGGUGUUGGGGCUCACUGGAGAGCCGCGGGCCGCCCCACAGUCACAGCGCGCAGAGCAGAGUGGCGCACAGGUUCCUCCCGCCGACAGAUAUGUUGGGAGCGUGUUCUCAGACGGAGCUACUCCUCUCUGUGGGGGGCUAGUUUCGGGUUUCUGUUCCUCCUGGGGGUCUGCUUCAUCUACCUGCCGGACCCGUCUGCUUCUCCCCCUGAAGAGGACAGGGUGACGCUCCUGAUUUGGAACCAUCCGUUCGGUCAGUAUCGCGAACUACCGGACUGCUGGGAGCUCUUUCAGAUUGACCGGUGCACGCUCACGGACGAUGAGCGUGAGUACCCCAAUGCAGACGCCGUGAUCAUCCACCACCGGGAGAUCGCCACCCGUAGGGUCGAUCUGCCACCCGAGCCGCGGCCCCGUGCGCAAAAGUGGAUCUGGCUGAACUACGAGUCGCCCUCGCACACACCCAGACUGUGGCUUUUAGAGGGAGUUUUCAACCUCACUAUGAGCUACCGGACAGACUCGGACAUCUUUCUGCCCUACGGUUACCUGGUUCCCCGUGAGCGCGCAGACACGGGUCUCCAGAGCCGUUUUACGCACCAACUCCGUGGACCCUCCCACUCAGACUUCCGCCGGCCCCGCCUCGUGGCCUGGGUUGUCAGCAACUGGUCGGAGUCACAAGCACGCGUGUCCCUCUACUACGAGCUUCAGAAGUUCAUCCGCAUCGAUGUGUUUGGAAGCGCUGGUCGGACGCUUGCGAAGGGCUGCGACAACGUGGUGCAGCUGCUCCGACGGUACUUUUUCUAUCUGGCGCUGGAGAACUCGCUGCACACUGACUACAUCACGGAGAAGCUGUGGAACGCAGUGCUGGCCGGUGCCGUGCCGGUGGUCCUGGGACCGCCCAGGAAGAGCUACGAGCGUUUCUUGCCCCCGGAAGCCUUUAUCCACGUGGACGACUUCGCCACAGUGCAGGAGCUGUCCCGUUACCUGCUGAUGCUGAGGAACAACCCGGCCCGGCUGAGGCGGCACCUGGACUGGAGGGGGCGCUAUAGCGUGCACCUGCCGGUGUUCUGGGGGGAACACUUCUGUACUGCCUGCAAGGCGGUGAGGAAGAGCAGAGACAGGACUGACGGGGUUAAAGACCUGGCUCUGUGGUUUCACUCGUGAGAAGACUCUACUGUGACCCGUUUGACCUGAAGGAAAGUCUGAGAGAGAAGACACACUCCUCUCUGUCCAUCUGCUGCUUUCAAAGUUUACAAAUGAAACCUAUUUAUACUUGGAAGACAUUUGAUUGUAUUUAAUUUAUGUGCCUUUGAUUAUGCUGUGAUAACUGAAAUGAAAUGAAGGACAUUGACUUUCUCUGAGUGAGUCUGUUUUUAUAUGUGUUGUCUUUUACACCCAUGCAAAUAUAUUUCUUUCAAAUCCA